CAAACUCGCAUGUCCAUGUACACACCGCGGAACAGGGGCCUAGGGCGACACCUCCACGAACGGUUUGUGUUUCGAGCGAGGGUAAUUGGUGGCUGCAGCAAACAAUUGCUUAAUAUGCCUUUUUCAAAGGCUAGGGGUCGUUCUCCCCGGCCUCCUUGACACACUAACUCGAGGCUCACUGACGGCCAGAGUAUUUAGUCUGGGCAAUAUCUCUGCACUGAACCACACUCGGUCGCAUACCCUCUACCUCCCUCGACCGUUAGCCUUCGCCUGUAAAUUCAUUCUCUCAUUAUUCAUUACUCAUCCCUACUACUCUGUAAACAUGCCAGACUGCGGAUGGAAGGAGACCCGCCCAGGGCGCUGGGAGCGUCCCCAAAGUUACCUCGAGAAGAUGAACAUACUCACCCGCAAUGUUCCUAAUGCUAUUGGUCGCGAUAACUGGGCCAAAAACGCUGUUGCUAAACUCAAAUUCCACCCCGAUAUCAAGGAUCCCGCUGCCUAUCUCCAAAUCGCAUGGAAACAGGUCCGCUACAACCAUCCCGAGAUUGCCGCUUUCCCAUACAACGGCAACUAUGUUUACCGUGUCGGCGACGCUGAGUCCAUCGCUUUGUGGUUGUCGGCCACUUUCUCCGUUGCCGAGGGUAAAACAGUGGAUGAACUGUUGGGGCGUAUCCCAAGGAACGAACAGAUGAUGUGCUACUUCCUUCCCGAUACAUCCGAAGUCAUGAUCUGGUCGCCACACUACCGUGUCGACGCCCGGGGAGCAAUCUUCUGCCUCAACCAUCUUGUUGAAUCACUCGCCAACAUGAAUCCAGACUUGGUGUUUGGCGGAUGUGCCAAGAACUUGACUCCCAGCAUGGAGGACGCUCUUCACAUCAAUGACGAGAUAACACCCGCCAUUGAAGCUCAGGCAGAGAGCCGGCUCGCUGCCCUUGAGCCACACAAGCCAGCCCUGGAGCUGAAGCCAAAGAUCAAAGCUCAGAGGCCGGGAUACACACAAAGGCACUUUAUCAAGCUCUCCAAGAGCGACACAAAACUUGUCAUGGAUUGCUGUGAUAAUGCAGCGCUCGCCUUGGAUGUAGCCCUGCAUGCGGCUCUGGUGAACGCGGUGGUAAAACUGGCACCAGCUGAAGAAGCGCGGAGCUUCAUGGCUUCAUUUCACUACAAUCUCCGUGCCCUUAUUCCCGAAGGUGAGGCUCCAGAGAACUCGCCAACAAGCUAUACGAGCGUGCUUACAACCGAGGUGGUUGUAUCACCAUGGACCGACUUCGACUCGUAUUACGCUCAACUCGCACCAGUCUAUGCCACUGGCUACGCACCGUACUUGGGCUCAUCCCCUUACUUCCACAAGCUUCUUGAGCAGAGGUUGAUCGAUUCAAAUCUCGGAAGCAACGGAGAGACGGACGGGCAGUUGCAGCCGAGGUUUGCUUUCUUGGGAUCCAUUGACGACAAGCUAUCUAACAACAUUCGCGAUGGCCUUGUCCAGGUAGAGGACUUUUGGCUCGGUGCCGAGACUUUAACCCUACGAAUGAUGGUGCACACCUGGAUAUGGCAAGGCCAACUUGUGCUCAGUGUAUGCUACAAUCAAAGUUACUGGGAUAAGGAUAUUGCUGAGAGCCUACUCCGAGGAAUGCAGGAGACGUUGAUAGACGUUGCGCUUAGGAAAGGUGUUAGUAGAGUUGGCCUGUAGUUGAAUCCUUUCUUUCGCACCAAGGUUUUUUGCUUUUGAAUUAGUAAUAUGAUAUCCAUAUAUAAGCCUCUAUUACAAUGAUGUCCAUAUGUAAGCCUCUAUUACAAUGA